CCUCACACCGUGCCAUAUACUUGUUUAUACUUCAUCCCUUUUCUUGCCGCAAUAUGUAAAGCGAACACCCUUGUCACUGUGACAGUCAAAAAAGGCGCCCCGCGUCUGGGAUGAAUAACCCGUGUGCUCUAUAAUAAAUCCAUAGUCCAGCGUAUUCUUGGAGGCUGUCCAGUGGUGUACUGAGCGUGAAGGAGAAUAAAAAAAAACAAGGGACAAUGGCAUUGAAUGAUCGCCCCAGUUCAAAUAUGGGUGGAAUUUCACGACAGAACUCCAGUGCAGCUAUUUCCACUGAAUUCGACUUUUUGGUCAGAAUGAAUUUCCAGUUUGUGGAGAAGCUAGAUGAACAGUACAUAUGUCCCAGUUGUCGCCAAGUCGUCCUCAAUCCUCACCAGACAAGCUGCGGACACAUAUUUUGCUACCAGUGCAUUACAACUUUUUUGGAAUGCACCUCUGCUCCAACAUGUCCUGUUGAUAAUGAGCUGAUAAAAUCAAAUGAGGUCUUUCAGGACAAUUGUUGUAAAAGAGAAGUGUUAAACUUAGAAAUAUACUGCACAAAUUCUCCUGACUGCAGUUCAAAGGUGACAUUAUGCCGUUUAAAGGACCAUCUUGAACAGUGCCAGUAUGAAUCCCUGCAGUGCACACACACAGGAUGCACUGACAGGAUGUUCAGAAAGGACUUAAAGGAACACUUGAAGAAUAUUUGUAAAUAUAGACUGGAACCUUGUCCACACUGUCAGACCUGUCUAGUGUUAAUUCAUUUGAAGAACCAUGAAGAAACUCAGUGUCCAGAAUAUCUAAUACCCUGUCCCAAUGCAUGCACCCAAAUAAUGAAAAGACAAGAGCUCAAAGAACACUUCCAUGAAUGCCCAGAAAUUCCAAUAGAAUGCAUGUACAAGAAGUAUGGCUGCUCUGUCAGGGAUAAACGAGUUAAAGUUCGGGCUCAUGAGGACAUGGCUUUGAAGGACCACCUGCUCCUUGUUUUAGAAAGUAACUCAAAAUUGGAAAAACAGAUUGCUGAUCUACAGGUGACAUUACAUUUAAAACACCAGGAAAUCCAAGAAUUAACAAUAGUUGUUAACAAACUGGAGAAUGAAAUCAAACCUUUAAUGCAGCAGGUCUCUAAAACUGACAACACGCUCUCUAAUGUUCAGAAAUCUCUUGAAGAUCAGAAAGACAGAGUAUCCAGUGUCCAGAUACAGCUGCAGCAGUUAACCAGGGCAUUCAACCAGGAUCCAAGCCCCUCAGAGCUGGGGCUGCUCAAACAUUCUGUGGGCAGCCUGAAGCAGGAAGUCUCAGUUGUUGAAUCACUGAAAGAUCAUUUGGCAUCCUUGGAAGUCCAGUACACUCGCCAUUCUGGACUAUUAAACAUUCAUGUUCAACAGCUCAGUUUAAACGAGGAAAGAUUCCGUCAGUUGGAAGCCAUGUCCUACAACGGGAAACUCAUCUGGAAGAUCCAGGAUUAUAAGAAGAAGAAGAAGGAAGCUGUGGAAGGGCGCGUUCUUUCAAUUUUCAGCCAGGUGUUUUACACAAGCCGCAAUGGCUACAGGCUGUGUGCGAGGGCGUACCUGAAUGGAGAUGGCACUGGUAAAGGGACUCACCUGUCUCUCUAUGUUGUGGUAAUGAGGGGUGAAUUCGACUCGCUCCUGCCUUGGCCUUUCGAGCAGACAGUGACACUGAUGAUUCUAGAUCAGAGCGGGGCCAAAAAUGAUGUUGUGGAUGUCUUUAAACCUGACCUGAACAGCAACAGCUUCAAGAGGCCAGCCACUGAAAUGAACGUGGCUUCCGGCUUCCCUUGCUUUGUAACCCAUACUGCGCUGGAGACUCCAAAAAAUGCAAUUUACGUAAAAGACGAAACUUUGUUUGUUAAAGUAAAGGUGGACUUAACUGGACUGGAGGAGCUAUAGUAGUAGCAAAGAAAUAUUUGCAAACUUGAGUGAAACGACUAAAAUACCAGCUAUUUUUGCAUUAAAAAAAAAAGUAUUUUUUUGGAUCCAUUUUAGAAAUACAUGUAGCAAUUCAAAUGCAUUGUCGUGAUUUCAACAGCUGUUUUACAAAUUUUUAUUUUUUUUUACUGAUAUUUUACUGAUACCGUUUUUAUGUGUGACAAAAUAUUUUUGGUUUAUUUAUUACGACAAUAAGAUAAUUAUCAAUAAUUACAGGUCUUGUAGCACAAAAUAGUCUAUUUCAGUUAAAAAAAAAAAAAAACUAGCUACAAUAUACAAUGUAAACUGAGUUUGUGGACAGGUUCUGUUUUGGACAGGCAAUUCUCUUUCUCUAAUUAAAACAUGAAUUCACUAGCACUGUGAAUUUGAUACAUUCAGUACUGUAUAGUACAGGUACAGUCAUGUCAUGGGAGCACAGUGUAAGGGGAAGUGUAUAUGUUGGUAUUCUUUUCUUUCCAAAACCCCUGUCCUUAUUAGACCUGUUGGGAAGGAAAGUACUACAUAUUAUGACAUUUUACUUUGUUUUCUGUUUUUAAAGCUUCUUGUAGACCAUAAAUAGGAAUUGGUUAUCUGUCUUUUAAAACAAACUUGAGACCUAACAACUUAUAGAUAGAAACACUCUAAAAAUGUAUGUUUUUUUAAAUUUAGUAAAUCCAGCCAGUUGUGUUGUUGUCAGCCUUAACCUAGUUUUUCUUCUCUGUUGUGUCUUUGUUGUGCAGUAACUCAUGAAUGUGUUGAUUUGCAUGUGUGUGGAGGGGUUUGUGCUUUAGAAAUCAAAUUAGUGUGAUGGGGGAGACAUCAACUCUCAAUUUACUUAUCAUAUCACUGUUCUCAUCACUUCUCCCAUCUAGCACACAGGAAGAAGUGUAAAGCCUCUUUCACACUGGCAUGCUCUAACUGGGUCAGAACCUACCCGGGUCAGGACCCGGUGUCAUGCGG